AGGUCCCUUCGCCUUUUGUUCGGUUACUGAGUUGCUGCCUUGGCCAGAGUCCGGAGCAGCCGCCGCCCGAGCGCGCCGAGCUCUGAUCGCUGCCCGCGCCGGCUCCCAGCCCGGCCCGACCCCUACACCCAGCCCGGCCAGGCUCCACAAGCAGCAGCCGCCAUGGAAGUGAUGAACCUGGUCGAACAGCCCAUCAAGGUGACUGAGUGGCAGCAGACAUACACCUAUGACUCUGGCAUCCACUCGGGUGCCAACACCUGUGUGCCCUCAGUCAGCAGCAAGGGCAUCAUGGAAGAGGAUGAGGCCUGCGGGCGCCAGUACACACUCAGGAAGACCACCACCUACACGCAGGUGCCCCAGAGCCAAGGCGACCUGGAGUACCAGAUGUCCACGACGGCCAGAGCCAAGCGGGUGCGGGAGGCCAUGUGUCCUGGCGUGACAGGGGAAGACAGCUCGCUGCUUCUGGCCACCCAGGUGGAGGGCCAGAGCACCAACCUGCAGCGGCUGGCUGAGCCGUCCCAGCUGCUCAAGUCGGCCAUCGUGCAUCUCAUCAACUACCAGGAUGACGCCGAGCUGGCCACCCGGGCCCUGCCUGAACUCACCAAACUGCUCAACGAUGAGGACCCGGUGGUAGUGACCAAGGCAGCCAUGAUUGUAAACCAGCUGUCCAAGAAAGAGGCGUCGCGGCGGGCGCUGAUGGGCUCGCCCCAGCUGGUGGCGGCCGUGGUACGUACCAUGCAGAACACGAGUGACCUGGACACGGCCCGCUGCACCACCAGCAUCCUGCACAACCUGUCCCACCACCGCGAGGGGCUGCUUGCCAUCUUCAAAUCAGGUGGCAUCCCUGCCCUGGUCCGCAUGCUCAGCUCCCCCGUGGAGUCGGUCCUGUUCUAUGCCAUCACCACGCUGCACAACCUGCUGCUGUACCAGGAGGGUGCCAAGAUGGCGGUGCGCCUGGCAGAUGGGCUGCAGAAGAUGGUGCCCCUGCUGAACAAGAACAACCCCAAGUUCCUGGCCAUCACCACGGACUGCCUGCAGCUCCUGGCCUAUGGCAACCAGGAGAGCAAGCUCAUCAUCCUGGCCAACGGAGGACCCCAGGCCCUCGUGCAGAUCAUGCGUAACUACAGUUAUGAGAAGCUGCUCUGGACCACCAGCCGUGUGCUCAAAGUGCUGUCUGUGUGUCCCAGCAAUAAACCUGCUAUCGUGGAGGCCGGUGGAAUGCAGGCCUUGGGCAAACACCUGACAAGCAACAGCCCCCGCCUCGUACAGAACUGCCUCUGGACCCUGCGCAACCUCUCGGACGUGGCCACCAAACAGGAGGGCCUGGAGAGCGUGCUGAAGAUUCUGGUGAACCAGCUGAGCGUGGACGACGUCAACGUCCUCACCUGUGCCACGGGCACUCUGUCCAACCUGACGUGCAACAGCAGCAAGAACAAGACGCUGGUGACCCAGAACAGCGGCGUGGAGGCGCUCAUCCACGCCAUCCUGCGAGCCGGCGACAAGGACGACAUCACGGAGCCCGCCGUCUGCGCCCUGCGCCACCUCACCAGCCGCCACCCCGAGGCCGAGAUGGCCCAGAACUCCGUGCGCCUCAACUACGGCAUCCCGGCCAUCGUCAAGCUGCUCAACCAGCCCAACCAGUGGCCGCUGGUCAAGGCAACCAUUGGCCUGAUCAGGAACCUGGCCCUGUGCCCAGCAAACCAUGCCCCGCUGCAGGAGGCCGCGGUCAUCCCCCGCCUCGUCCAGUUGCUGGUCAAGGCUCACCAGGAUGCCCAGCGCCACGUGGCUGCGGGCACACAGCAGCCCUACACGGACGGUGUGAGGAUGGAGGAGAUUGUGGAGGGCUGCACCGGAGCCCUGCACAUCCUGGCCCGGGAUCCCAUGAACCGCAUGGAGAUCUUCCGACUCAACACCAUUCCCCUGUUCGUACAGCUCCUGUACUCGUCAGUGGAGAACAUCCAGCGUGUGGCUGCCGGGGUCCUGUGUGAGCUGGCCCAGGACAAGGAGGCUGCUGAUGCCAUUGAUGCUGAGGGGGCCUCGGCCCCGCUCAUGGAGCUCCUGCACUCCCGCAACGAGGGCACCGCCACCUACGCGGCUGCUGUCCUGUUCCGUAUCUCCGAGGACAAGAACCCAGAUUACCGUAAGCGCGUGUCUGUGGAGCUCACCAACUCCCUCUUCAAGCAUGACCCAGCUGCCUGGGAGGCUGCCCAGAACAUGAUCCCCAUCAAUGAACCCUAUGCAGAUGACAUGGAUGCCACCUACCGCCCCAUGUACUCGAGCGACGCGCCCCUGGACCCCCUGGACAUGCACAUGGACAUGGACGGGGACUAUCCCAUCGACACCUACAGCGAUGGCCUGCGGCCCCCCUACCCCACGGCAGACCACAUGCUGGCCUAGCUGGCCCAGUCCAGUGCAGUUCCUCAUCUGAGAGGCUCUCCGUGCAGGUGAUGGGGCGAGACAGAGAAGUGCCUGAGCCCCGGGGGAGG